AUUCGAAUGUUUAUGGGCGGGCUUCGAACUCGCUGAGAGGGACGCUCAAGCGCCAGGAAAACGUAAACAGUGGUUGUUUUUGCAGAUUGCGUUUGGGAAAAAUAGUUUUCACACUCAAACAAAAGUACUAUUUGAUUAAGUAAUCACCACAAUUAUUACAUUUACAAGAAAGAAACAAACAACAACACGCUAUGUCCCACAAGCAGAUUUAUUACUCUGACAAAUAUGACGACGACAAAUUCGAGUACAGGCAUGUCAUGCUUCCUAAGGACAUUGCUAAAAGAGUUCCCAAGACCCAUCUGAUGUCAGAGACAGAAUGGAGGAAUCUGGGUGUUCAGCAGAGUCAAGGAUGGGUACAUUACAUGAUCCAUCAGCCCGAACCGCAUAUCUUGCUCUUCCGACGUCCUCUGCCUCAAUCCCAGUGACUCCAGAACCACAAACUAAUGGAAUUCUGAAAACUGGACCCAAUCUGAAGAUGUCUGAGUCUGAGAGAUGCUGGGUGCACCCGAGAUCAGUUGGUGUCAGUAUCAUUUGUGCUGCUUUUGACUUAUGUUUAUUGACUAUUCUGUGGGUCAGAUUAUCAUCACUGUGCUUGAUCUCUGCCUUAACUGAGAUAGAACUGUGCGCAAUUUCUUACUGCACCUGUAUAUAUUAUUAUUCCUUAUCAAGUUACAACGAUUCUGUAUAUGAGCUUCACUUGAUGAAUUUUUGCAUUGGUGAAUUGACUCCGAAAGGUCUAGCAGCAUUGGAAAUUGCUUUACAAAGUACACUUAUUAAAAAUAAAUACUUCAUUUUUCUCCCUUUAAAGUAUUAACAAUGCUGUUUGUACCAAUAUCCGUGUCACCAGUACUAGUAAGCAGCUGAACCUGUUUUCUCAAAAAUGUUUUAAAAAAGCCUCUCACAAUAAUAUGUAUAAUACUGUACUUAUGUACAAUAAAACUGUUUCAGCUUAUCACUUUGGCUUCAACACCAGACCGUGACUAGAUAGAAAGCAAGAAGAUUUACUUCUUUGCAUUUAUCUCAAUGCUAAUGAAGUUGCAUACAUUAAUGAGUGCUUUAAAUUUACUAGACACA